UUCCGCGUUUCACUUUGUUAAUUUUCCUGGUGGGUGAGUCCUUCAGGAAAAGUCAAGGCGUAACUUCAGGAAAUACUGAGAUGACGUUCAAGGCGUUGCUGAACUGGGGAGGAUUCGGAAAUUUUGGAAAACCUCAGCAGACACCCAUUGAGCGGUGGCAUGGCUAUGUGGGACGUGGGGGCCAUGGGGGGCCCUGGGAUCACAAGUCUCAUGGUCAUGGGCAUUACAAAAAAGGUGGCGGCAAAGGGGGAGGUAACGGUGCAGCGAUAAGUGCCCUGACUCUUCUGGCGUUCCUGUUCCUUCUCAAUGUCAUGCAGCAAUCUCUCAAUGAUAAUAAUAUCACUACAACGACUACAGCGAGCACGAUUUUCUUACGUGACGAAGGCAGUGAACUGACUGCCAGAGAUCGAGGGGUAACGCUGAAUUACGAGAGUUUGAAGAAAGCGAGGGAUUCGGAGGACGAGGGUGAUCAGCGUGAUGACGAGUUCGAGAAGGGCGACACACUGGGUUUCGACCCUAAUGAUCCAUAUCCUUGAGAAUAAUCCUCAUCCUGAGGUGUCCCUGAUCCCCACGUAAUUACCCAAUCAAACUAAUUAUUUAUUCAUUUAUUUAUUUUGUGAGAUGAGGAGAACAAGUGAGAGAACAUUAAUUUGAGAAGGGAGAUUUUUUUUUCUAUUGUUCUUGGGGGGAAAAAAUAAUUAUGAACACUAUCUCAACAUCAUCUCAAAGGAGAUAAAAAAGUUUCUUCACGUUUUUAUGUAAAAAAUUAUUUCACAGACAUUUUAUUUUUGUUUUUGUUUCAAACUUGAAGAAUCUUCCCAAAAUUCUCCUCACCUCAUGACAAAUUU